ACUGACAAGGAGAAGCACCCCCGUUCUUCGUUGUACGGACUAUCAUAUUGGCAUAUUAUGCUCUGGGGUUUAUGUGUGUAGGUUUAUAACAAAACAGCUACUUUCUCAGACGUUCGGCGAUCGGACAAAAUUAUAUCAUCUGUUAUAACCGCGGAAAUGAAUGUCUUCAUUUCAUGCCAAUGACGCACCGUACGUGGCAACCCCAAUAAUUUUUAUCUGCUUUAAAAAAAUGGCGGGCAUAUUAGAUCAACCUUAAAAGUAAUUUUCAUCUUGUGUUUUCCAGGGCGAGGGUUUUUCUUACAGCAAAGGUAUAUGGCUUCAGCAACUGAUCACCGGAAGUUUGAGUUGAACUUUAAAGGGAGAGAUUGUACUGUACAACGACACCAUGUCUGUCACCAGGAGGAAGUAUGUUGCAGCACUCAUUUUAUUUGGAACCUGUGGAUUUCUUGCCACUUGGUACAAUAGCAGAUUGGGAGACGUUAGCCUCGUCCAAGACGCCAGUCAAGACGUUUACUCAACGGAUACAAGUGCGGAUGGCUACCGGAUUUCAGGACAUAGAUCUACCAGUAUAACUAAGGAAUUGUCAUCAUCAUCAUCAUUAAAAGAUUUUAAAGCAACGGAUAGAAAUAUGUUAUCCAAUCAUCUCCGUACCACAGAAGGCGUGCUACAGACAGAGGAAUCCUAUGAUUUCGAGGAGGAACAACUCAAGAGACAGGAGCACCUUGAAAAAGCAUGCAGCCGUCUUGGGAUCAGUCGGACUCUACCGCCGGUUUCAUGGGAGACGACCGUGCAUUUUAUCGCGAGUGACAAGUUCAAGUUCAUCUUCUGCUUCGUACCAAAGAUCUCCUGCACAACCUGGAAAGAAAUCAUGGCGAAGCUCUAUCACCUAGACCGGAAUCCUAUGCAAAGGGUGCCCAAAGCGAUCAAGGGUGGACAGGCCAAGAGGAAAUGGAAGGUUCUGAAGUUGAGUGAUAUCGGGAAUCCCGAGAAAGUUAAGAAACGUUGGAAGACGUACAACAAAGUGAUGUUUACGCGGGAACCUCUGGAAAGAGCGCUUUCGGCUUAUUUAGACAAGUUCGUGUAUGGCAAGACCAGCUUUGAAAGGCAAUUCGGGGGCGCUAUCGUGAAGCAAUACCGGGACAAGCAUAUUUCGAAAGUGAAGUUCCCUCUUAAAGAAAAAAUCCGAUUUGACGAAUUCAUCCGGUUCAUUACGGAUAAAGGUCCGAAUGCUCCGAUGACACAGCAGACGGAUCACUGGUUGCCGGUUAGCCGGAUAACCUCCCCGUGUCGAUUCAAAUAUGAUUUCCUCGGACACUACGAAACUCUUCAAUACGAUGCACCUUACGUCAUAAAACAUUUUAAUCUGUCUAGUUACGUGACCUUUCCGGAAGUUCAUAGUUCAAGGUCACAUGAAAAGUUAAUCAAUGCAUAUAAGGAUAUACCGCGUGACCUUAUAUACCGUCUUGUUGAUUAUUAUAGGACCGAUUAUGAAUUAUUUGGUUACUCGGCAAAUGCAACCUUGGAUAUUAUAUUUAAUGGAAGAAACAGAGAGAAAAGAUAAAGCUUCACUUAAAUCAAAGAUGUUGGGUGGAACUUGCAAUAUGAUUUUCUUUUUUUUUAAUGCAGCUGAUGUCGUAUGAGACGAGACGAGAUGCGAUAAUAAUACAAUUGCCUUGUACGUUUUUGCCAAUGAAGAAGAGUACUGAUGCCUUAUAAAAUUGACUGAACUUGAUUAAAAAAUUCAAAUUCAAAUUCGUAUUUAUUCAUUUUCAGCAGUAAAAAUGGUUUAGAAUGAUUCAAAUAAUUACAUCCGAUAAGUACAUGGUAAACAAAAACAUAAAAUGAUAAUGCUUCUUUGAAAUUACUCACUGAUUUUCCUAAGUAAGUUAACUAUUUAACUAUUUCCAUACAAUAUUCAAAUUAAGUGUUCCUAACUCAUAUCUUAGUAUGUUCGAAUUUACUUGAUUUUCUCUUAUUACUAUAUUAGAUUCAAUAUACAUUUAAGAAAGUUUAAGCAAUUGAACGUGCUUCGAGUAAGUAAGUCUAAAUGGAAUUAUGCAAAUUAAAUUUAAGAUACUUAUUACUUAAACAAUCAAGUUGAAUAUACUUAUAUUUUUAAAUUGAUGCCUUAUUUACAUGACACAUGACUAUUCAUUAAGAGAAAGGAAAUGUCAUUUGUAAACAACUGUCAAUUUAAUUUUAUUUGUGUUUGAAAUUGUUUUGGAUUAGAAUUUUUGAAUCAAAGAGCGCAACAUUAUACAAUAUAAGAUGACUGAUGCCUUAUAAAAUUGACUGAACUUGAUAUAUUUUAAGGUUUUGGAUUUGGUUUCCCCUAUUAACGAAAUAUUUGCAUUUCAUUGUAUUUUAUGUUAUGAAAGUGUCAAACUUUAUGCACAUAAAGGGCUUAAUGUGUAUCAAACCCACAUUAAUAAAAAUUUGUUCUUACGGUAAAUGAUGAUAGCGAUGACCAUUACUAUUAUGAUAUUGUCAUUAUCAUUAUCAUCAUCAUCAUUAUCAUCAUCAUCUUAUAU